CAUAAAAGCUUGCGUUUUGGGCGAAUAAACACCUUAUCUGCUUAUCUUCUUCCACUACCAAAGCAAUAGUAGAGAGCAGAGAGUAGAGAGCAGGCAACAAUGGCAAUCGCACUUACCACGUCUUCUUCCCUCUUCAUAUCCAAAUACUCACCCUCCUCCUCCUCCUCUCCAAGGACUACGCCCUUCCUCGGAUUCUCACUCGCCGCUUCCACCAAACCUUCCCUUCAAUCCAAGCGACUUUUCUACAUCUGCUGCCAAGAAAAAUCCUCUGCUAUACCCGCCGAACAGCAGUGGAUGUUUGAUGAUCUCACUGGUCCCGAUGUGUGGAAUAAAACAUGGUAUCCCAAGGCUAAGGACCAUAUUCCAACCAGCAAGACUUGGUACGUAGUCGAUGCUACUGACAAGAUUCUUGGAAGACUAGCAUCCACAAUAGCUAUUCAUAUCAGGGGAAAGAAUCUAGCUACUUACACUCCUAGUGUCGACAUGGGAGCUCAUGUUAUAGUGGUGAAUGCUGAGAAGAUUGCUGUAUCUGGAAAGAAGAGGACACAGAAACUCUACCGGAGGCAUUCAGGGACACCUGGUGGCAUGAAAGUGGAAACGUUUGAUCAGCUCCAGAAGAGAAUUCCUGAAAGAAUCAUCGAGCAUGCUGUACGCGGGAUGCUUCCUAAAGGGAGGGCAAUACUUCUACUCUAGCUAAUUACAGGAAGCAGAGAGUAACGAAAAUUAAUCAAACAUGAUUUCCUAUUUGUUGUGUUUCUUAUGUUCCUUAUAUGCAUAAUCUUGGUUGUUUGCAGCUUGGAAGAUCAUUGUUUACCCAUCUUAAGGUUUACACUGGUCCAGACCACCCUCAUGAAGCUCAACAGCCCAAGGAAUUGCCUAUAAGGGACAAGAGGAUAACAAAGCAGACAUAGGUGUUUACGUUUCUUUGAAGAAAUCGCUUAGAGAGAGUUUUCAGAUGUUUAUAUGGAUUCCAUCAUUCACUUCAGCUCUCAUGUGGCUGGGAGCACCCUCAUAACCAUUUUCCCGAGGCGUUUAAGCACAAUCAGAAUUGUUAUGAAGCUCUUUUGACUAAACAUUUGCAUGACUAUCUUUUUGUACGUUUUGUCAGUCUAUAUUAUCGUUAUUAUGAUGAUUAUAUAUCGCUUA